CAGCAUGUCAAGAGUAAAGUCGACUCUAUUGGUGAGCUCUUUGCUCCUCCUACAAAUAGUGGCAAUUGAGGCACAGAAGAUAAAUCUGAUCAAGAUCAACAAUUGCUUGAAAGUUGCCCUUGAACUAACAAGUGCUGUUGCCAAAAAAAUUGUGCCAGUGAUCAAGGAUGCUAUUGAUUGCGUUCAAUAUCAAGUGAAAAUUAACACUGAGCGUAUGAAUUUAAUGCAGCUAUUAUUGCUGGUCUACCAGUUCAUCCAGUACACCUUGAAUAACCGAUUGGAUUGUCUGACAAAUGCCUAUAUGACAAUAUCUGCCAUCACGACUCCUUACACAGAUUCAUUGAGUUCCAUGAAGUGCGCCUAUUUGUUUGUACCGGAGCCAUUGUGCUGAAAAAUCUAGAGACUAGCAGAAAUAAAUAAUACAAUUUGGCA